UCCAUCGUCACCGUCAACACCAUACAAUCCAACGGCUCCAAAUACAACUCAGAAGUUUCUAGGCUUCCAAUUCAAACUACUAUAUAAACUACUCCUCUCCCCUCCCCCUCAUUACUCUAAACUAUUAUUCAAUUCGUCGUCGUCUUCGUCUUCGUCGUUCAAAAAUCCCUAUUUGUCUCUCUUAAUUUACAAUCAAUUCUCUGUUAUUCGUUUUUGUGUUGUUCGGUGAACCACAAUGGCCGGAAAAGGUGAUGGACCUGCCAUCGGAAUCGAUCUUGGGACGACAUACUCAUGCGUUGGUGUCUGGCAACAUGAUCGUGUUGAGAUCAUAGCUAAUGAUCAAGGCAACAGGACGACGCCGUCUUAUGUUGCGUUCACUGAUACCGAGCGUCUCAUCGGCGAUGCUGCUAAGAACCAGGUCGCCAUGAACCCUGUCAACACUGUUUUCGAUGCUAAGCGAUUGAUCGGUAGGAGAUACAGUGACCCUUCGGUUCAGGGUGACAUGAAGCAUUGGCCAUUCAAAGUUGUUGCUGGUCCUGGUGAUAAGCCCAUGAUUGUGGUCACCUACAAAGGUGAGGAGAAGCAAUUUGCUGCUGAGGAGAUUUCCUCCAUGGUUCUCACCAAAAUGAAGGAAAUAGCCGAGGCCUAUCUGGGUUCAACUGUGAAAAACGCCGUCGUUACCGUCCCUGCCUACUUCAACGACUCUCAGCGUCAGGCCACCAAGGAUGCCGGAGUGAUCUCCGGCCUCAACGUCAUGCGUAUCAUUAACGAGCCCACAGCUGCGGCCAUAGCUUAUGGCCUUGACAAGAAAGCUGGGAGCUCAGGAGAGAAGAAUGUGCUGAUUUUUGAUCUUGGUGGUGGUACUUUUGAUGUCUCUCUCCUCACUAUUGAAGAGGGUAUUUUCGAAGUGAAGUCCACUGCUGGUGAUACCCAUCUCGGAGGAGAGGAUUUUGAUAACCGCAUGGUGAAUCAUUUUGUUCAGGAAUUCAAGAGGAAGCACAAGAAGGACAUUAGUGGUAACCCUAGAGCUCUGAGGAGGUUGAGGACUGCCUGUGAAAGGGCAAAGAGGACUCUCUCAUCCACUGCCCAGACCACUAUUGAAAUUGAUUCUUUGUUCGAGGGUGUUGAUUUCUACACGACAAUUACCCGAGCUAGAUUCGAGGAGCUCAACAUGGAUCUGUUCAGAAAAUGUAUGGAGCCUGUUGAGAAGUGUUUGAGAGAUGCUAAAAUGGACAAGAGUAGUGUCCAUGAUGUGGUUCUUGUUGGUGGGUCGACUAGAAUUCCUAAAGUUCAACAACUUUUGCAGGACUUCUUCAAUGGGAAGGAGCUUUGCAAGAGCAUUAACCCAGAUGAGGCUGUUGCUUAUGGUGCUGCUGUGCAGGCUGCGAUAUUGAGUGGUGAAGGUAAUGAAAGGGUUCAAGACUUAUUGCUCUUGGAUGUAACCCCUCUGUCUCUUGGGUUGGAGACUGCUGGAGGAGUGAUGACUGUUCUGAUUCCAAGAAACACAACAAUUCCUACCAAGAAGGAGCAGGUAUUCUCUACUUACUCUGACAACCAGCCAGGCGUGUUGAUUCAAGUGUACGAAGGUGAGAGAACAAGAACAAGGGACAACAAUUUGUUGGGCAAAUUUGAGCUUUCUGGCAUUCCUCCUGCUCCAAGGGGCGUUCCCCAAAUCAGUGUCUGUUUUGACAUUGAUGCCAAUGGUAUCUUGAAUGUCUCUGCCGAGGACAAGACUACAGGUCAAAAGAACAAAAUUACAAUCACCAAUGACAAGGGAAGGUUAUCUAAGGAAGAGAUUGAGAAAUUGGUGCAAGAAGCUGAGAAGUACAAGGCCGAGGAUGAGGAGCACAAGAAGAAGGUUGAGGCCAAGAAUGGAUUGGAGAACUAUGCUUACAACAUGAGGAACACAAUCAAGGAUGAGAAGAUCAGCCCCAAGCUUCCUCCGGCUGACAAGAAGAAGAUUGAGGAUGCUAUUGAACGGGCCAUUCAGUGGUUGGAAGGCAAUCAGCUUGCAGAGGCAGAUGAGUUUGAGGAUAAAAUGAAGGAGCUUGAGGGUAUUUGCAACCCUAUCAUUGCCAAGAUGUAUCAGGGUGGUGCUGGAGGUCCUGACAUGGGUGGUGGCAUGGAUGAGGAUGGUCCCUCGGCUAGUGGCAGUGGUUCAGGACCCAAAAUUGAGGAAGUUGAUUAAAGCUUGGAUUGCAGUACUGUACCUUUCUUUGGCCAUGGUUGUUCUGAAUAAUGCAAGUAUAUGUAUGGUUAGAAUACUGGUUUUGGUAUUUUCCCCCUCUUUUCGUUACAUUAAAAUAGUGUGUCUAUAUGAUAUAUAUGUUACCUGAGUGAAGUUUUCUUAUGAUUUUAUGGUUGUUAGCCUAUGGAUUUUGAUGGUGCAAAUCAAUGGCGAAACAGUUUUGUGGUAAUGAGUCAAUGGGAUAAGCAAUAUUAUGA